CAAAGAAAGAGACAUGGACGAGUUUCAAUACAUCUAAAAUGUCCCUUGAAAAGAAUACAGCAUUAUUCCUCCAGGCCUUGACCAGCUGUCACGUUGGCCGACUGCAAAAUCAAUUACUUGCAGAUGUUGCACACAUCGGCUAAAUCUUUCAGUCAAGUAUAUGACAUCGAUUGAAGAACACCAGAAAUAAGACUGGUUGUGUGUCUGUGUUGUGUGUACAUUGUAAAUUGACACCUUCAUAACCUAAAAGCAGGCAGUAGCUGUGGACAAGCAUAACAGUAUGGUAUAGUGGGAACAGAACAAAGGAGACAACACAGUCCUAUAGCUAGCAGACAACACGGUAUAGCUAGCAGACAACACGGUAUAGCUAGCAGACAACACGGUAUAGCUAGCAGACAACACGGUAUAGCUAGCAGACAACACAGUAUAGCUAGCAGACAACACAGUAUAGCUAGCAGACAACACGGUAUAGCAGACAAUUAGACAAUACAGCAUAGCUGACAAUACAGUAUAACAGGCAACACAACAUAGCAGACGUCUCCCCAUAACCAAACAGAGAAGAGCAGACGACACAGCCAUGGGUUUCCUGGUCAAGUUCUUGGUAGGAUCAGCCGUCUUGAUGGUCCUACUUGCUUACUACCUGUACAUUCCUUUGCCUCCAAACUACACUGAGAACCGCGUCAAGAUCCAAGUUGCCCUGGCUGGAAAUAAAGUCGUAAAGGCUCUGGCAAAUAUUGGAAGCCUCCUUGGAUAUGGUAGUCCAAUGGAAUUGAGGAAAGUCAUGUUGGAAAGUUUGGUGGAUCGGAAGGUUAAGUCAACACCACGUGACGAGAGUGUUACGAUCCAACAGCUAUCAUUUGAUGGUGUUUAUGUCCGUGUCUACACACCUCCGACAGCCAAGAUGAAUGGACCAGCUAUUGUUUAUUAUCAUGGGGGAGGAUAUGUAUUAUUUAGAAUAGAUCACUUUGAUGAGGCCUGUACCAAAAUGGCGAAAAUGUCAAAUACUGUGGUGGUGUCAGUCGAUUAUCGGACGGCCCCAGCGUUCACCUAUCCCACAGGCAUCAAUGACGGCUACAAAGCAACGAAAUAUUUCCUCGAACAUGCUGCUGACUUUAACGUUGAUCCGACUAGAGUCGCAAUAGCUGGUGACAGUGCCGGAGGACAUAUGGCCGCCUCGCUGUCCUUGCGCUUGCGUGAUGAAAAAUUCGAACCGAUGCCAAAACUCCAGGUUUUGAUAUACCCUCAUCUGCAAACAAUAGACUAUCUGACUCCGUCGUAUCAAGAGAAUGACCUUGCAAUUGACAGUGACGAUAUGAUCCAAUUUUUCAUGGCUUUGGUUAAUGGGACACAAGAUAGUCGAGAUCUAUUGGCAAAAGGCCUCCACAUUUCUUCCGAAACAAGAGAGAAGUUUCAGAAAUAUGUUGACCAUGAUUUGAUACCUGAAAAAUAUCUAUCUAAGAACUACAAGAAACCGUCUUAUCCGAAAAAUCAUGUCACUUUCUCAGAAAAGAUUGAAAAGGUUACAACCAGUUCUUACAAUUCACCGCUGCUGGCAGAUUCUUUGGAGGGAAUCCCAGCUGUUUAUAUUAUGACGUGUCAGCAUGAUUGUCUGCGAGACGAUGGUCUUCUGUACGUGGAGCGUCUUAAGAAGGAGGGGGUUGAAUACCACCAUGUUCAUUAUGACGAGGGCUUCCAUGGGGUAUUCAGUUUGGUUGACAGGUAUCUGAGGGAAACGAUGGAAUUUGUCCGAGAUAAUUUGUAAUAUGUGAUGUCUUCAGAUUGUACCAAUUUCAUUCCACUCACAUUAGAGCACGCUAUUAACGAGUUGGUGUACAUAUGGAACUGAACCACUUUUCAUUACUCCUGAGUCCUUUAUAUUGGACUAUGCGUCGCUGUCUGUAAUUGAAUCCCAGCUGGAAGAGUUGCCACAUGAAAAGUAAACUUGUGACGGAGUUCAGAGUGAAUUUGUUGCAUUAUCACAAUCUAAAUCUGUUACACUGAGAAACAUCAUUUGUUUUUUGGUAAAAGUGCCAUUUGUUAAAUAAUGAUUGUAGUUCAAUGAGUGACCCAUGUAGUAUUCAUUUAGAUGAAAAAGUGAAUAAAGGUCUAGUGAUUUUAAAGGUAUACACUUCUGUUUUCUGGUUUCGUGAUCACAAUCUUAAUCUGUUACACUGAAAAACAUCAUUUGUUUUUUGGUAAAAGUGCCAUUUGUUAAAUCAUGGUUGUAGUUCAAUGAGUGACCCAUGUAGUAUUCUUUUAGAUGAAAAAGUGAAUAAAGGUCUAGUGAUUUUAAA